UUUGAUUCCAAGCACUCCAAGCAGCACAGCAUCAUUUCAAAAAGAGAUUGAACAAUCAAUUUGACUGGUUUCAUCUUUAAAGAUCUGCCAAAAUGGAAAAGAGGAACGAGAACAGUUGGAACAACGAGACGAACGUUGUGCAGCGCGUGGUCCACCUGCCUCUCGUCCGCUCGGUGGCGCAGUCGGUCACCUCAGUGUACAAGGACGUGAAGGGACGCUACCCGUUCUUUCACCUGCUGGGGGUUGUGGCAGAGCUGGGGGUGCGUAACAUUUCCCAGGCUGCCUUGCAGCGAGCCACGCCACUCUUGGAGAGCCUGGAGCCCCAGAUUGAAGUUUUCAACGAGUAUGCUUGUGUGGGAUUGGACAGGUUGGAGAACAGUUUUCCUGUACUCCACCAGUCGUCUGAGGAGAUUGUGGACCACCUGAAGGAUGCCUUCUUCCUGACCCUGGACAACAUGCAGCUGCAGGCCACAGACAUGGUGGAGCAGCUGGUGGUGGUGGUUUCCGCCAGCGUAGCGGCGCUGCAGGCCAGUCAGCUGGGACGCACGGCCAACGCCAGCUUGGAUGAGAUCCUCACCCGCCUAGAAGAGGUCAUGGCCCGCUACAUGCCCCUGCCACUCACGCUUAGGCGCGAGUGGGAGUUGAUGAUGCAGCAGUAUGAGGAUGAGGAUGAGGAUGAGAAUGAAGAAGUGGGGAUUUUGACCCGCUUCCGUGGCCUCCUGCUCAGCCUGGGUCUGCAGCUCUACCACCGUCUGUCCAAGCUCAGAGAAAGACUGGACCGGGACGUCACAACACUUGGCAAUGCGGCAGACAAGGUGGGCCUGAGCAGGGUGCUGGCCGUGAUGGGUCUGGUUCUGCAGCGCCUUCAGAUCCUGUAUGUGGCCUUGGUGUUCCGCGUGGAGGCCCUGAGAGACCUGGCUCUGGGCCAGAUCAGGAGACAGGCUCAGGCUCUGGUCGAGCUGGGCCCGAUCCGGCAGGUCAGGGAGUUACCUGUUCAGGUUCGACUGUUGCUUGGGGAGGUGCAGGAGCUCGCCAUGAUCGCAUUGCAGCUGCUGGUCAACACCACCCCUCUCUACAAAAUGAUUGAGCAGCCUAGCGACCAGGAGGUGGAAGACUUCCUCAACCGGGAGGAGUUCAUCUUUGCCAGCUCAUCCCGCCGCAGCUCCGCCAACAGCCUCUUCCUCAAAGCCAUGGACGGACGCCCGCCCCGCCGCAAGAGCCUGUACGCCCGUCCUCGCCGCGGUUCGGCCAGUGGCACCACCAAUCCCCCAGCCCCCGACCAUGUCCCGGCCAGCCCCAGCAACAGUAAGGAGCCACCCAUAGAGCUGGAGACCCUGGUGCCCCAGACCCCUCCGCCCCCCUCCUUCAGCAACACCAUCCGCCGGCGCUCUUCCGCCAGCGAGCUCCUCCUGGGUCCCAUCAUGCAGCUUGUGUCCCAGGGCCAAAAGGCCUUCGAGUACCUCAGUCCAGAGGCCAUUACUCAUGUAGAGGAUAAUGCAGAGGACUAAGAUAUCCACUGCAGUCUCAACACACCUGCGACAAGCUCGCAGGCUCAACUACUACAGUUAACUUUGAUGUGUGCCUAUGCAUAUUGUAGGGGCCAUUUGCUAAGAUCUUUUUGGAGCCCCUUAUGUUAUUAUUGGUAUUUCCCCCAACCAGAGAGCACUGUAAAAUCGUAUUCAUUUACACUGUAACUUUUCCUCAAUUGUAUUUUUGUUCAUAAAUUCAUUAUUGUUUGCUUAUAUUAAUAUAUGCCUUUAAGAAAAACUAAGGAAACAAUAUUGACUUCUUAGUCAUUUUUUAUCCUAAACUAACUACCACCUAGUGCACACAUUUUAGAAACAUUUUGUGAGUAUGAGAAUGAUGUAUGGUUGAAUGGGUACCAAAUUAUGAGCAUGAGUAUCUACUCACUGUAUCUUUUUUGAUUGAGACCAUACAACAGUAGAAUUAUUUGCAGGUUUGUGGUUGCUGAUUGAAAUAUAGGUUUUUGACAUGAUAAGGGCAUGGUCUGAAUGAUAAAGGAAGUCAUGUUAGCUUGAUGAAUUUAGAAUUCAGUGUCAAUGUAUAUGCCGUUAUUGAUAUCCUGUCAUGUUAAUCAAUUUGAUUACUAAUACUCAGUUGAAAUAACACUUGCAUAUAAUCCCACUUUUUGUGAAUCUUAUUAAAAAAGUAUUUUUCAUCAUUAUUUCAAUGUUACAAAUAUCUGACAGGUGUUUUAUUUUAAUGAUUUAAUGUAUAUUAUUCUGAUUAAUUUGAUUGUUCCCAAAGUAAUCUGUGUGAAAAAUGUUACUGGUCAUGAUCCAUUCAUGA